CUUGAAAAGUGCAUAUACCUCGAAUGCAGAGAUGACAACGACCAACUCACACCUUAAUCAACCACCACGAAUACAACAGGCAGCGACUAUGCACGAAGAAGACGAUAUCAUCGACAUCGAGGGCGACAUAUGUCCGGUGUGCGAGUUCGAGUGCACAUGCAGAGCAGCCUCCUCAAGUAGAGUAACAACGACAACUUCGACCGUAUCUGUCAGUGCGAGGACACUACCGCACACGUACCCGGCACCGUUCAACACCGUCGUCGCACCCGGCCACGUGCCAAGCGGGACAUUCGGCGUAUUCGCUCUCAACUCCGGUCCAACAGCGAGCAUCUUCCCAGCACCGUCACCCAUCAUAUCGCAGAACAAAAAGUCAAAAUCUACUAUCACCACUACCAAAAAGGCAACCGCGGCCGUCAUUGUGAAGAAGGAAGAUGAGGAGAAGAAACUGGGGGUAAAGAUAAAGGUCAAGCCGCUCUCUUCGGUCAACGUUGGGACCUCGCUUGCUGCACUCCCGCCGAGAAAAAGAGGACGACCGAGCAAGGUAGACCUCGCAAAACGACAGGCGGAGGAGGCAAGGCUUGCCGCCGUGGCCGCUUCUGUCAUGGCUGAACCGGACGACGCAGAGAGCACCAGCACGCUUACCGACCUUGAUGAUGAUGAGCAAGGUCGUGCGACACCGCGUCAAAGAGAACGUAGAGACAGCGGCGAGUUCCCCACGUUCAUAUCUGCAUUCACGACAUCCUCUGCUGCGUCCGAUACGGGCGAAGAGGAGGACAGCGAGGACAGCUUGGAUCUUGACUCAGGAGACGACACUGAACUAGAGGAGGAGGAGGAGCGCGCCAUCGUUAGAGAACAUGAGGCAUUGGAGGGUGGAAAGGGAAGCGGGACAGACGCGGAGCAGAGGCGGAGAAGAUGGGCAUGGCAGAAGGAGAGGAGGGAGAGAGAGCGGCGUGUCGAGCAGGGCGAGGAAGAUGGUGCGUCCGAAAACGACAUCGGCCACCGCCGCACUGGAAGGGAAGAGGAGCAAGAAGAGGAACAAGAAGAGGAGGAUCCAGAGCUAGACGAUGCGCACACUAGCUUGGAGCUCACACCUCCCGACGCGCUUGCACCUGUGCCGGACCGGAUCCGCACGCAAGAGCAGGAGCCAUACUGGACUGAGAGCGAGGACGACGAGGAAGACCGAUUCUUUGGUCACUUAUCAGACUUCUCCGACUUUCCGUCCGACUUUUACCAGCGGAAACGAGCGCGCGGGGAUGCUAGGGGAGAGGACACGGAAUCGGACGACGAUGAUCUGAGUGACGGGUCGAUCUUGAGCAGUGUCAGCCUCGCAGAGGCGGCACAGAGCGGGUUAUAUGACUACGCUGCUUCUGCCGGGCCCUUCCUACGCGCAAAACGAAAAGAGAAGCGUCGGUCCUGGUCCAAGUUGGACUCUCCUGGCACCAUGCCGCAUUCCCGGCCCCAGUCACGCACUCAUCUUAACGGUAAUAACGUUGGCAACAACCGCAGCUCGCGUUCUUCCCCUCGUACCCAUUCUAGACAAAAGUCACACGCCUUCUCUUACGACGAGAAACGCCACAAGCGGUCAAAACGCAGGGAAAAGCGGCCCAAGAUGGUCCUUGUCGAGGACGGAGAAGGCCGGUUGGUGUUUGGCGAAGAGUGGGAGCACGACAGCUGGUUGGGAUCCGGGAGCAGUGGAGAUGGGGAAGAGAUGAUGGAGCUGUUCCCUUCGGAGGACGAGCAGACCGGCAAACCCGUCGAAGCUGGUGAUCAAGAAGAUGGCGAAGGGAGGGAUGCGACUGAGCCUGAGCCGGAAAGGCUCGCUUUCGUCCCCAUGUCCCAGCCGGACGAGCUCCUUGCUCCUCUUCCUCCCCUGCCUCCGCGUGCAACACUCACCUCGGAGCUGGACGACGCUAUCGAUAUGGAUUCACCUGAAUCGAGCGAGUGGACCGGAGAGGGGGAGACGACGGACGAGGAGGACGUGCCUGGUUUGAGGCAAGAAGAGGCAGAGGCGAUGUUCGAGCUUGGGCUGGUAAGGACGCGCUCGGGCGAGCGGCUCCCCGAAGUGCAGCCGGAGAACAUACUGGGCUUGGGAGUGGACCCGGCUGUGCAAGCCAUGCUCCCCCCACCGACACUCGCGAGCGUCAUCGCCUCUGCCGCCGCUGCCGUAUCAGUCCCUCCCGCACCGAUGGGCGCACCAGCAGUCUCCUUCCAGCCCAUCCAAACCCCGCAAAAAAUCGCUCGCCCCGUUCGCCCACUCCCAGCUCCCCGCACCCCCGGACCCGGACCACCCAAGCUCCCUCGCGCGUACCCCGUUCCUUCCCUAUCGACCUGGACCCCCCCGGUCCAGAGCGUGCGAAGCAUGGUCUUUGUCGUGGAUGGGAAGGAUGCGAGUGGGAUAUCGCCUUUUGCCAAGAUACGUAGAGGGACGGAGCUUGAUUGCUGGGGUACGAAACGGAGAAGAGAGAGUAGCAGCAGGAGCGAAGCGAGCUGGUACUAUUCUUCUUCGUCUAAACGGCAGCGGACGGGGUAUGACGACGAGCGCGAGCACGAGCGAGACGACGGAGAUCAAGACCCUUCUGCCGGCUCCUCCCUCGGCGAGCCUGCUCCUCAGGCAUCACCCGAGCCUCACGCGCUAGAUCUUGCAGACCUGCUCGACACCUCCUACUUCCUCUACGAUGAGAGCAUCGCCUCCUCCGAAGCGGAGGGUGAGUCUCGUGACCCCGAUCGAGAGCGAGACGGGAAGGAGAAAGAGAAAGAGAAAGAUCAAGACCGCCUAGGAGAAGACGGGGAGAUGGACAUCGACACACAGAUAAUGCGCCACCUAACCCGGCUCGACUCUGUCCCCCUCGGUCAAUGGUUCCGCCGCGCCCGCGCGCAAGGCGCAGAAGCGGGUAUGGACGUAAGCCUCUCCGUCGCCGCUUUCGCAGUAGAUCAUGAAGGUGACGACACGCUUCUCGCCCCUGACCUGGUGGGGAGGAUGGUCGUCCUCUCCCCAGUGAUAUUCCCUUCCCGCCAGGCGGUGCCGGAACGCAGUCCGAGCCCGGUGAUGCUCGACUCUGAGUACCCGGGCUCGGCGCCGACUUCGCAUGCUAUGCGCCCGCUGAGCAGUAUAUCGUUGCGUGCGGCGCUGAGCGCGAAUAAAAAUCGGGAGGUCAAGAGUCAUAAGGAACGGAGGAGGGAGAAGAAGAUGUGGAAGAAGGGGAAGGGGGGGAUUGAUGUUACCCCUAGGGUGAGGAGGGGGAGGACGUUCUGAGCUCGGGCGUCGAUGUUGACGUUGACGUUCCUUGCUGGACAAAAGGACAUCACUCGCUGGACACGGGGCAUGGUGUACAGCAAGUGAUGGACCAAGUUCUGCAACCCAUUUCUCAUAUCUCAUAUCUCAUUGCUUCAUUGCCUCAUUUGAUUGUUCGUCGAUUUCCAUGUCUAGUACGCACCGUACGCACCGUACGCCCGUACCCCCCAACCCGGCUACAGCCCAUCCACACUGCUGCACCACUGCACCACUGCACUCCCCCACUCUCACAAUUCCUGACCAGAAUCGCCGAUUCCUCGUUCC